AUGAAGCAGUCCCGGCUGGAAGUGUCACCAAGCUUGAAAGUUGCAAAUGUUAGUAGGUUGCGACCUGAAAGUGUUGGCACUCGGAAGACUUACUCAAUUGAUUAUAAUAACAUGGAAGCUGAUCCAAAUCGUAUUAGACUGACCACAAAGAAAUUUUUAAAGAAGAAAAUGAAAGAAAUCAGAGAUAUUUUUGUAAUUAUUGACAAACUAAAACCUCAAACUAAUCUACUCAAUGCAAAGCUGAAUGCCUUGGAUAUGAAAGCCAAGUUCACGUGGGAAGUCUUUUAUGAUCUGCUCCCUUUCAUUGGCCCUCUUGUCAUAUCGGAAUUUUCAAUUUUUAACAAAACUGAUGUCAAGACAAUAACAAAGAAAUAUGAUGACAGUAUCAAGUCUAAUUUACAUCUACAUUUGAAUCGAUGGCGGCAGACUAUUUCACAGAUUAAAUGCUUUCAAGAAUAUGAAAAACAAAAAGAAUCGGAGACAGAAGCAAAGGAAUCACUCCGCAAAAAGAAAUUACUUUUAGAACAACGAAAAAGAGAUCUGGAGGAUAUCAAACUCAUAGAUGAACAAACACAGAGGUUGCAAUCACUCUCUUUCUCAGAAGCUCGUGUCGAGAUUUUUAAAAUGCUGAAAUGCUCUUUACCAGAGUCAAAAACGUCGAAACUUUCUGAUUCCUCCUCUGUUUCAUCGUCUGAUUCACCGCCUUUUUUAUCGGAUGAAGAAGACAACUUUCCCUUUCUCUAA